UAUAAAGAAAGGAAAUACGCAUCUUCUUUCGCACCAAGCCAUUUGAUUAUCUCAAAAUUUCACACACACACACACUACAAAUGGCUCCAAUUCAACCAGCAAGUACUGUAAAAAUACUCUCAGAAUCCCCUAAUCUCAACUCUAUCCCUUCUACUUAUGUUAACUCUACUAUUAAUCCCUCUGAUUCCCCUGCAUCUGAUCCUGAUCUUGAUUCUUACUCCAUUCCUACUAUUGAUUUUUCCUUACUCACUUCCACUGAUCCUCAACAACGCUCUGAAGCUAUCGACAACCUCGGCAAAGCUUGCCAAGACUGGGGAUUUUUCAUGGUUGUGAACCAUGGCAUACCAGAGAGUUUGAUUAAGGAAGUAAUUGAUGGAACACAAGGAUUUUUCAACUUAGCAGAGGAAGAGAAGAAAGAAAUUGAAGGAAAGCAUGUGUUGGAUCCUAUAAGGUGUGGAACCAGCUUCAAUACCUCUAAGGAAAAAGCCUUCUUUUGGAUAGACUAUCUUAAGGUCUUUCUGCAUCCUCAAUUUCACUUCCCUACCAAACCCAAAGGUUACAGUGAUAUUGCGUCGGAGUAUUGUGAGAAAACUCGGGAAGUCGCAAAAAAAUUACUUUCCGGAAUAUCACAAGGCCUAGGAUUGGAAGAGUGUUUUUUGGACAAAGCCCUAGAUAUGAAAUCUGGGUUUCAGGUUUUCAUUGCAAAUUUAUACCCACGUUGUCCACAGCCUGAACUUGCACUUGGAAUGCCACCCCAUUCACAUCAUGGCCUAUUAACUCUUAUUAUUCAAAACCAAGUUGGAGGACUCCAAGUUCAACAUCAAGGCAAAUGGAUUCCUGUCAAUGCCCUUCCCAACUCUCUAUUGGUCAAUAGUGGUGAUCAUCUUGAGCAAUGGAAAGUACAAGAGCAAUAUACAUAGGGUGGUGGUGAACAACACAAGUCCAAGGAUAUCAGUAGCUGUUGCUCAUGGUCCAUCACUUGAUGCAGUUGUAAGUCCUGCUUCUCCGUUGGUACAAAGUGAGAAUAGCCCUCCAGCUUAUAUACCAAUGAAAUACAAGGACUAUAUGGAGUUACAACAGAGUAACCAGCUUCACCAGAAAUCCAUAUUAGAGCAAGUCAAGAUUCAAAGGAAUUGAAAAUUGUUUUCACUGGGAAGCUCUGUUGUCGUAGUGUUGAAUUUGGCUUUGAUAAAUUUUCAUGUUUAUUAAUGGAAAGUAUUUGUGUAAUAUAGUUAGAAUCUAAGUGGACUGAUUCUUUUUUUUUUCUCCAAAGAAAACUAGAUUUUAUAUA